AUGGGGGAGACCUGUUCUGUUCGAGGCCUGCGGAGGCCGCGGCGCCGGACGAUUGCCGCGUUCGGCGCCGCCUUUCUGCUCAUGGCAGUCUCCACUUGGGCAAGCGCAGCCGAACUCCACUUCCAGUCUCGCAGCGAAAGGUCGCGCGGCAAUGCCCUCCACGGAAGUCGGGAUGUCGUCCUGCCCGCAGAUGCCGCGUCCGCAGACAUCGCGGCGUUCGAGAGCCGGGAGCGGGCCUCAGGGGCCUCUGGACCGACGGGGUACAAAGGCGCGAAAGGGUCCGCGUCCACGGACUUAUCGCUGCAGCAGCAAGGGUCCGGUGAACUCUCUGAUCAGUUUGCAUCGGGGUUGGAGCAGGUGGCGCUGUCCCGUGUUCUGAACUUGCUUCGUCCACGGGUGCAAGGCUUGAAGCGCGCCCUGAGUCUGGGGGCGUUUGUGGCGCUCGGCGCCGGCGUGCGCUCAGUGGUCCGCGACAACAUCUUCAACUUGGUUCACUUCCUCCUGCUCAACCAGCCUGUGGAACGGCUUCUCACCAUCGGCACGGAGCCGGCGUACGCACUCAUCGCGCUCGUCUUGACCGCGUACUACAUCUGGUUUUAUCUGCGGGAGUCGCGAAUGGACAAGGACUUCCAGAAGGAGAUAGAGGAGAUCGAGGCGCUCGAGAAGGAACUCGAGCGAGAGUUGGCCAAGUCGGACUUGACUCUGGACGAGAAGAAAAGCCUGGCGAUGAAAAGGAUUUUCCUCAGGGAAAGAGGCGUUGACGCACUCGUGACCCGGCUGCAGCAGCACCCACGAGGCGUCAACCUGGCUCUCGCCGCGUCCACGCUGUUUCUGAAUCUGAUGUUCAGGAAACAGCUAGGCGUCCGAUUCAAACUCUGCAGCUUUGGCGUGAGCGCCGUCGGAACUGCCGCCCUGUUCGGCUUGAUCUUCGCCGGCCUCGAAUUGGGGGACAGGCGUCGGAUCUCGAAAAUACAACAGGCUCGAAAAAACGCACGCAAAGCCAUCGAAGCCGAGUUUCUAGCGCAACGAGCCAAGCGCGCCGCCGCUCUAUUAGAGCUGAAGAUUAGCGGUGAUGCUGACGUGGAUGCGCGCAGGGACGGCGUUGUGGUGGCACCCGCAGCCGGUCCCGCUGGAGCACCGGAGGAGCCCGUUGAGGAGGUUGAACUCGUGAGCUUACAGAUGCCGAGUCGACCUUAG